AUGGCAGAUACUAUAGGGCAAACUUGUUUACAUCGGUUGGGAGACAAUGUCAAGAAACAUAGACUAAUAUCGUUAUCAGAUAAGGAUGAGGUAACAAUUGGACGGUCUCCAGAUGUUUCUGUAUGCCUGUUAUCCAACAUGAUCUCCCGAUGCCAUGCAACCCUUAAGAAGUCUGAAUCUGGGACCUGGUCUAUCAAGGACAAUAAGAGUCUGAACGGGGUUUAUGUUAAUGAUGUACGACUAGUGGCUAACCAACCACAUACACUUGAGGAGGGAGACAUUGUACAACUAGGCAUCCCAAAAACAUCACAGGAAAAGGCAGAGUUCAUAUUCAAAUUCCACAAAAAUCUCAGAGUGAAACGUGUCCGUCAGAAUUCCUCACAGGAUAAUUUGCAAAAUCAAGAGGGAAAUUGUGUUGGAAAAUAUCCAAUGAAAAGAAUUAAGUUAGACACUGAAAGUAAGCCAGUGAGAUCAAUUCUUAAAAGGACUGUUACAGAAAGACCAGAAAGUGAUUCACAAGUGUCAAGUUCUCAGCCUGACCUUGGAUGUUCUGAUGAAGAAGCUGAUGCCAACGGCACACCUGGAAAAAACGACAGAGUGAACAGGGACAAAGAUUGGUCACCAUUUCUGGACUACAAAGAAAAACUUAAACAACAGGAGAGUGAAGCUCAGUUGAAAUUAAAAGAAUAUGAGGCAAAGAUGGCAGAAAUGCAAAAACUUUUACAGGAAAAAGAAGCAGCACAAAAUGAGAUAAAGAGUGAACUUGAAGAAGAAAAGAAGAGACGAGAACAUCAGGAAAAAGAAUUAAAUGUAAUGCUAAAAAAGAAAGAAGAAGAAAUGCAAGUUGCAUUAACAAAGAAAAAAGAGGAGGAAGAGAAAAUGAAAGAAGAACUUGAGAACCAGUUACUUAAUAGAGAAGCACAGAUGCUGGAACAACUUCAGUCUGAGAAAGAUCGUCUGCUAAAAGAAAAACAAAAAAUUGAAGAAAAUUUGAAGUUGACCAUAGAGGAAAAAGAUCGUCAAUUGCAGGAAGAACUUGUCAAACAAAAAGAAAAACUUGAUAGUAUUAUAAAUAAGAAGGAAGUAGAGCAACGGAUGCUGGAAAGUCAAUUGAAUGACACUAGGGCAGAAAAGGACCAGCAGAAGGAUGCCGUGUUACAGGCUAGGGAGGACAUUUUGUCAAACUUCGCUGACCUCAUGGAGACAGAAUUGCAAUGUAGCAUCUGUAAUGAAUUGUUUGUACAGGCCACGUCUUUGAACUGUUCCCAUGCAUUCUGUGCUUACUGUAUAGAAGAGUGGAUGAAGGUGAAGAAGGAAUGCCCCAACUGUCGGACAGCCAUCACAUCCAGUGUGCGUUCUAUCGUUCUAGACAGCUAUAUAGACAAAAUGGUGGAACAUCUCAGUGACGAACUCAAACAGCAACGUGUACAAUUAGUGGCUUCUCGCAAAGCUGAGGCUUCAAGAAAGGCAGAACAGGAAAAUCAAGGGACAUCAGGGAAUGGGAGGGGGAGGGGGAGAGGGCGUGGCCGAGGUAGAGGCAGAGGCAGGAACAGGGCAAAUCCAGAUCCACCCCUUCCUGAAGCCCCGCCCAUUGAAAUACUAAGUGAUGAUAUUGAUGGAGGAGUGGUCUCAAGCAGCAGUGAUAGUGAUCCCUAUGAAAGUGCAAGCGAUCUCUCCAGCAGUGAUUCUGAUGAUGGCACUGAUUAUAUCCGGGGCGAACCAGGGGCCUACUUUGGUGGUUAUGGCAGAUGUUUUAGAUGUGGAUCUAGAGGACAUUGGGCAAAUGGCUGUCCAUUAUUAUAGCACCUGUAGGACAGUGUCAAUGUGUACUCUCAGUUACAGAUGUUUCUGUUCUGUAACAGUCCAAACAUUGUACAAUGAGUCAGAUAGGUGUCUACUGUUAGUGAAGGAUGUGUCUGUUCUGUAUCAGUCCGAUCAUUGUACCAUGGGACAGAUGGGUGUCUACUCUCAGUGAAGGAUGUAUCUGUUCUCUAACUGCCCGAACAUUGUACCAUGGGACAGGUGUGUAUCUACUCUCAGUGAAGAAUGUAUCUGUUCUCUAACUGUCAGAACGUUGUAACAUGGGACAGGUGUGUAUCUACUCUCAGUGAAGAAUGUAUCUGUUUUCUAACUGUCAGAAUAUUGUACCAUGGGACAGGUGUGUAUCUACUCUCAGUGAAGAAUGUAUCUGUUCUCUAACUGUCAGAACAGUGUACCAUGGGACAGAUGGCUGUCUACUCUCAGUGAAGGAUGUAUCUGUUCUCUGUCAGAACAGUGUACCAAUGGACAGAUGGAUGUCUACUCUCAGUUAAGGAUGUAUCUGUUCUCUAACUGUCAGAACAUUGUACCAUGGGACAGAUGGGUGUCUACUCUUGGCUUAUGGUUGUCUUCACCCAAUGAUUGAUGUAUGUAUAGUUAAUGGCAGCUAGAUGAACCACCUGCUGAGACAUAUUAGGGUUACACACACGGGUCUACUCAUUAUGUCUUGGCAGACUGUUUGUUAAUUAGGCAUUCUUACACAUCAUUAGGAAGUUGCAUACCAAGCACAAAGGUGUGUACCAAAAGAAAGUGUUUCAUACUCAGUUUAGGAUACGUACCCAAGGAAAUCAAAGAUGUGCUCAAGACUUUUAUUCAAGUCAUGUUUCAGGCUGAUCAGAUGUAAACUUGACUCUAAACUUUAAACUCUGGCAUGACGAGUAAUUGAUGAACUUUCAUUGAUAUCAAAGUUGACCGGAAAAAUUGUGAUUAAUAUAUAUACAUUUCAUAUAGAUGUAAAAUUUUCUUGUAUUUAAGAAAAAUUAUGAUUAAAAAUCUUUCUCUGAUCAACAUCCAACAAAAAUGCCAACAAUGAGAGCAGGACAGAGUAUUCAUUUAUCAUUACUUCGAAGUCAAAUCAUAUUUAUUGUGGGUAUUGAGAAUAAUGCAGGGUACCAUGUUUCUUUACCUACAUCACCUGUUUACAAACACUUGCCUGUGUCAUUGGUAUCGUCCACAUUGGUUGACAACAUACAAACAUACAAGAUCUCAAUUUACCUAACUUAAGGUAAUUGUUCAAUCCUAUCAUAAAAUUGCAGUGUACAAUAGUCCGUAUAGGAUUAUGGGUAAAUUUCAGUAGAAAAUAGCAAAACACUUUCUUUUGAAUACUACUGAAAUUUACUUCAAAAUGAACUUCAAUCUAUUUAUGAUAGCUGUGUGAUAUCGUCAUGCAAAUAUCGUUAAAUGUCUUUCUGAAAAUAUACAUGUAUUGGUAUUGAACCAGUUCAAACUAUUGUUGUGAAAUAUCCCUAAGAGGCAGUCAAAGUUCUGGGAGCUCCUGUUCUCAUACCAUCAUUGUAGAAUACAAGGUUCUUAAUUUAUAACUCUAGCUAGAUUUAUUGUUAAGAUGUUACAAUAUGUGGGAUUUGAAAUUUAUCCCAUUUGUUUCAUCGUCUUGUUAUUCUUGGCUCACAUUUGUUUUCUGUAUUUCAUUGCUAUGUUUUUUUUUUUGUUUUUUUGGGGUUUUUUUUUUUUAAUUUUCUUCCCUAUAUUCCUAAUUUCCUUCCAUCAAGCUUCCUAUGGGAAAUAAAGAUUCUGGUUAUAACUUUGCACUUAUAGCAUCUUGUGACUUUGGGAAAAACAAGAGUUGAAAAUGAUUUAGUAUAAGUUAGUUUGACUUUUUAAAUUUUCAUUCAAUACAAGAUUGUGCCAACAUAUACAUCUGAUACCCAGUGUUCGUUCUCUUUCCACAUGAUAUUAAUGCUCAAGAUUUAAAAGUGAAUUAUUAGUACUCUCUACUUAAAUAAAAGUUUGAAACGUAACAACUUGAAAUUCAGAAAUUUACUGUGUGACUAUAAUAAAUAUUUAAUGUUAUCAA